GUCAAUUUGACAAAAUCGUCACAAAACUUCACAAAAGCUGAAUUCUGAAAUCGUUUCGGUGUUUUCAAUCAAUCUAUAGAAUCGAAAGAAGAGGACAAUUCGUUAAAUAGAAAUAUAAUUUAGCUAAGCCUUGGGUUCAUAUAACAAAUCAGAUAACAUUACUGUAAAGUGCUAUGUGAUGUGUGCUAAACAUAAUUUUAAAUCGAUUUUCCUGUGAUGUGAUAUUUUAUUUCAUUGUGCAAGAUGAAUCUAUAUAUUGCUUUCGUAAAUUUCUUUUUAUACAUAAUAGUGUCAUGUGACGCAUCAGGAACAGAUAUAGCCUUAGAUGCUAAAGCUACUUUGCUUCAUAGGAUAGAUAGUUUGAAUCUACUUAUUUAUACAUGUCUUCUUACUCUUACUGUACUGACUAUCUGGGUAUUUAAACAUCGUCGUGUGAGCUGGCUCCACGAAACCGGCUUGGCUGUUAUAUAUGGUCUCAUAGUAGGUGCCAUAAUUCGCUAUGGAAGCAGUACAAAUGAAAUCACAUAUAUUGAUGCUCACCCAGACCCGGACUCCAAAUACAACCUGUCUGUCCCACCAGACAUGGUGCGAUUUCAUUUUCCAGAUAAAAUAAUAACUGGAGAUGCUUCUAUACCAAAUAAAACAUAUGCUUACAGCUUUAGAGGAGAAAUUGUGAAUGUGGAACAAAAUGAAAUAGAUCUCAAGGCAACAUUUGAUCCAGAAAUAUUUUUCAAUAUAAUUUUACCGCCUAUAAUUUUUCACGCAGGGUAUUGCUUAAAGCGGAAAUACUUCUUUCGUAAUUUAGGUGCAAUAUUGACGUUUGCUAUGGUUGGAACAGCGCUCUCUGCUCUUGUUAUUGGAUCGUUAAUGUAUGGUUUCGUACAACUGAUGCCUGCGUCACUGGCUUCGAGUUUUACUUUCCUGGACACAUUGUACUUUGGUGCUCUAAUUUCGCCUACUGAUCCAUUGACUGUACUAGCUAUUUUUUCGCAAUUGAAGGUUGAUGUCAAUCUCUAUGCAAUGAUAUUUGGUGAGAGUGUUCUCAAUGAUGCAGUGGCUUUAGUACUCAGCGGAGCCAUACAAAAUUAUGAGAAGAGAUACUCAACGGAUGGUGAAUUUGAAAUAACAGCAUUUCUAGCGGCUAUUGGCGACUUCAUCGGAAUUUUCAGUCUUUCACUAAUCGUUGGUGCUCUGAUGGGAUGUUUGACUGCAUUUAUGACAAAGUUCACUCACGUGCGUGAUUGGCCGCUGCUCGAAUCUGCUCUCUUCGUGCUCAUGUCAUAUGCUGCUUUUCUUAUUGCGGAAGUUUGUGAGCUUACAGGCGUCGUAGCUGUACUAUUCUGUGGUAUAUGCCAAGCGCAUUACACAUACAACAACCUAUCUGCAGACUCAAGGAAUAGGACGAAACAGUUGUUCGAAUUGCUCAAUUUCCUCGCCGAGAAUUUCAUAUUCACGUACAUCGGCGUGUCUAUGUUCACGUUCCCGAAACAUCACUUCGAUCCAUGGUUUAUUAUUGCCGGAUUUUUAACCUCAACUCUUGGACGGGCUGUGAAUAUCUACCCUCUGUCAUUCCUGUUGAAUCUCGGACGAAAACCACCUAUACCCAUGAAUUUCCAACACAUGCUCUUCUUCUCUGGACUCCGAGGGGCCAUGUCUUUCGCACUGGCUAUCCGCAACACGGUAUCUGAAGCGAGGCAAGCGAUGUUAACAACAACAUCGCUCAUAGUGAUCGCGACCGUGGUGCUACAGGGCGGGGCCGCGACGCACGCGCUCGCAUACCUGCGCAUACCCACUGGGUACGAGCUUAGUCAAGGGCAGAACGAUGAAAGUGACGCUCUACCAUUCAGAGACGUGAGAAAUCUGUACCAGGCCACGGAGAUGGGCAGCCCGCCUGCGGAAAUAAGUUUGGGGCUCCGAAAUUUGGACGGACGUACUGCCAGUUGUGACAGAAUAUCUAGCGGCCGCAUGGUAGUUAAGUGGGGCAAAGACGAGAGCGGAGUGAUAAUGCCUUGGCAACUAAACUAUCAAGAAGAUAGCCAGCGAGGCAGUGGUGACAAUGGUAGUGAGAAGGCCAGACUGGCCAAGCUCUGGGGUGCUAUAGACUCGCGUCUGCUCAAACCUCUGCUAACACACGCGAGACCACCGCUAACAGAGACUUUGCCAGCGUUCUUCAGACCUCUAGCACGUUUAUUGACCACCACACGGCAAUAUACCCAAGGGGAUAAUAAUGGUCUUCGAAGGACCGAUUCAGACUCCGACUUGUGUAUUGAUGAGCCACAGCCUGUUCCUACAAGUAUUGACCCACAGGUAUUCUAAAUCUAUCUUUUAGCGUUCGGAAUGGAUAUGGGAAUAUAUAAGUUUUUAUCGUUAUCGAUCAUCGACUGUGAUAUAAGGUCUUAAACAGUAGUUUAAUUAGAAAAAUUUAACAUAAUAUGUUUUUAAUUAUUGCACGCAGCAACUUUGGCCAGGACUAGUGGACACACGGAUUUCUGUAGAAGGUAUAACGGGAAGUAAUAUAUAAAUGAUGUUUGUGCGAUAGCUCUUUGUGCCACGAAUUUUUAAUGAAUUUGAAAUGAACUCGCGACUUCGAUAUUUAUUUUAAUAGCGUAUAUCCGGUGUUGUGGAGUACGGUAGCUUCGGAAUGUCCAAACGCGUAGUUGUACAUGUCGUGUUUAGUUGUUUGUAGAUAAUUAUGGGUUUUAAUUGUCGCGUCAUGGAAUGAGACCAGAAUUUACUUAUUCGGGUGUUUUAUUCUUACAUAAAAAUCACACUUUAUAUAAUAAAUUUAUUUUAAUAUGUUAGAUAAGAUGUCGCAUUUAGUCUCGAUCCAUGACCGAUACAUUGAAACUCCAAUUUAAACCAGGAAUAUAACCUCCGAUUAUAAAUCUUUCUAUUAGAUAGGUACAUUGAAUUUGUACACAUUAUCUCUUUUCAUCUUGAUCUUAGUGUAUUUCUUUUGAUAGUUGUAAGAUAAAAUCUUUCUUAUGUAUCUAUUUGAAAGCACAUUAAAUAGCUUUAUGUGUUGUGUGCAAAUUAUUUAUUAAAGGACACUUAGCACUUAUGUAUUGUAUUUUCUUAAAGAUAACACAACAGUGCACAUGAAGUUAUUAUUAUCCAUGUCAAAGAUUUUUCUUUAUAUUUCUAAAACUGGAAGCUGCUUUCGAUUGUAAUCCAUUUAAUGGACAUAUAACGAGUUCAAAAAGGUUGUAAAUUUUUUCUUUUUUUGUUAUAUAUUUGUUAUUGUUAAUUUAUUAACCAUACACGUCCCUCAUUUGGCUUGUAAAGCGUAAAAAUCUAGGAUUGUAUUAAAUUGAAUUUAUUUUUUAUUUUUAAGCAUUUGUCCAUCAGAAAUUUUUAUUAAAUAAGUAACAAAUAAAAUGUAAUAAAAUCGGUUCACAACAAUGUCGACCAAUACUUAUGAAAUGUAAUAUCCGUAUAAUAACAUUUGUGCCAUCUAAUACUGUGAAUAAAUUGAUAACAAUCAUAUUCAUAUGUCUACAAAUACUUCAGCGUAAAUAAUUCUUGAUUACUCUAUUAGACUACCUAGAUAUUUUAAAGAUAAAAUCCUAAUAAAAUAAAACCUAAAUUAUUGAUAGAAAUAGUUUCGCUUAAAAUGCAAGUAAUUUUAAUUUAUAGAUCAGAAUAAUUUUGGUAAAUAUUAUAAUGGAUGGAUAAAUUAUCGAUCUAAAUAAGCUUUUUGCCUUUAACAACUUGGUUGUUGGUUGCUUGAGCAAGUAAAAGAAACAGCAAAAUUUAAUAUCUAUUUUGUAUCCAAUUUGGUAACCAUUCAACACUGUGACCAACAUUUCAUAUAAUGUUUACUUAAAUGAUUACUUAUCACAAAUUUAUAACCUUUCGUUAUUUAAUUGAAUUGUUUUAAACAAAUGUGAUUUUAUUAUCUCAAUAGUUGAUUUUUCACCAAAUAUUUAAAGAACAUUUGUAAUAUUUAAUAAA